AAGAGGGCUCGACAGCCAAGCGAUCCAUGUGUUUGCCAACAACUUGUAACCAAGCCUGCAAGCAAGGGUGGAAAGUGUCGCGUUCGCCAUCUCACAGACUCACACUCGCUUCCAGCUAGGUUCGUUCAUAUGGCUGCAGCAGGGUGGUUCAUCGUCGUCUGCGGCGGCGGCAGCCUCGCCCUCGACGUCACGGCGCUUGUCUUGGCCGUCCUCGCGGAGGAGUGCGUCCCCGGGGUGAUCCAGUUCACGCUCGAGGACCCACACCAGAGGUUAUGCAUGCUGCUGCUGCUGCUGGCCGUCCCAGUUGGUGCGUUGCUGCUGCUGGUCGAGUCGUGCUGGCUGAAGUACGAGCAGCAGCAGCAGCCGCCGCCCCCGCCGGCCGAUGUCACGCUCCUGGUCGUCCUGAUCGUGCUCCAGUGGCUGAUCGCGUUUGUCGCCGUCGGAGCGGCGUCCUCCGCGCUAAUCGUGGACCUCGUCGCCACGCCCGUGUGCGCGUCGUACCAGCUCGCCGCCGACGGGACGGCAUGUGCCGGCGGGGCUCUCGCUGCGGCGUCGGCGGUCGGGCUGCUCUGGGUCCUCUGGUCCCGGUUGCACCAUGCCCAGGCGCCUCCGCAGGCUCAAGCCUAACUCCUUCCUUUGUCGCCGACGCCGACGGUCUCUUCUUGCUUCAUUUCCCCCAUCUUCUGUUUCGUUAUGCAUCUUUGUUCAAGACUGAGAACGGCAUGGCCACCCGGUCUUGAAGAUAGGAAAUGCUUUUCUGCUGUAGUGUGUGGGUAUGUGCUAUCAGAACCUUUUUCUACCUUUUUUAGUCGAUCUAAACCAUUCUUUGGUUUGACGGUAGUGUGAGCGGUUUGAUCCUUGUAUGAAGCAGAAGUAAAUCGUGGCAAUUUGACUUCGUAGCUGGUAAAUGCAUGUCUCUGAUGCGCAUCGAUGCACUCUUGAUUUU